CGCGCGAAUAAACGAAGUGCAUAUUUAAAAAAUAUACUUUUUAUUUUAGUUUUUCUCUUAUUUUAUUUCAAUUGUGUUUAUUGGAAGUUAAUUCAGAAGCGCAAAGGCAGGUGAAAAUAUUCAAGUGUUUUUGGCUAAAGUGCUACAUUUAACCUCUAAUCAAAGUAGUUUAAUGUGGAGAAACGGAAGAUACAAGUGCAAGUUGUGAAAAAUAAGAAUAAAUAAUAAAACUAAAUAACAUACUUACAAACUAAUUAAGAACAAAAGUAUUAUUCAAAAAGUUUUAACCUAACCUAAAAUAAAAAAAAAAAUCAAUUUCAAUGUCUAUUAGUGUUUCACGAAUUUAAGCGAAUUUUAUGUGUUGAACGAAUAACGAAUCACCUAUAUUUGGAAUAACGAAAACGAUAUGGAUCCGGCGAUUUUAAUUGACGAACGCCAGGACAUACAAAAGAAGACCUUCACCAAAUGGAUUAACUCACAUCUGCUAAAGACCCAGUGUACACCAGUGAACGACUUGUUUGAGGAUCUGCGCGAUGGCCAUCGUUUGCUGGCGUUGCUCAGUGUACUCACUCAAUCACAGUUGAAACCGGAACGCGGUCGCAUGCGCGUACAUCACAUCAAUAAUAUUAACAAAGUAAUCCAAGUGAUACAAGAGCAUGGCGUCAAGUUGGUGAACAUAUCCAGUGAUGACAUAGUCGCUGGCAAUCCGAAAUUGACGCUCGGCUUGAUUUGGCUCAUAGCGCUCGAGUUUAACGGCCAAAAUCUGGUGAAGAGUCAGUCGAGUAAUGGCGUGGAGAAAUCACUGCUGGCAUGGGCGCGUCAAUUCACCGAACCAUAUGGGCUGCAGCUACAUGACUUCUCCAGCAGUUGGGCCGACGGUAGGGCGUUUCUCAUUGUGCUCAAUGCUCAUCUCGAGGAUAUCGAUUUGAGCGCUGCGCUCACAAAGCAUCCCCUAGCGCGUCUACGUACCGCCUUCGAUUUGGCGCACAAAUACUUUAAGAUAGAGAAAUUACUCGAUCCUGAGGACGUGCACACACACAAGCCGGACAACAAGUCGAUACAAAUGUAUGUGAUGUGUCUGUAUCAUGCCAUGGAAUCACGUCACAGCCGUGAACGAACUGAUAGCGCUGGCGAGGCAGUGUUGUUCGACGAGAAGGCGCAGGAGGCGCUACCACCGACGCGCAGCAACACCAACACAAAUAUCACCGAUCUCGACGAAGUGCCGUUGGAUAGCGCCGAGGAGGUGUUCUCUGACUUGAGCAGUACGCCGGUCAGCAGUUCGGAUCCAGUGAAGUCGACGAAGUACAGCAGCGAUACUAUGCACAGCAUUAUGGAUAUUGGCAUGGAUGAGAGCAAACCGUUAGAUUAUCUACGCAUGGCGAAUGACAAAUCGCGUCCCAUGAGCACAGCUACGAAUGCAUCCAUAGAGAUAACGAGCUAUCAAGCAGCUUUGGAAGCGGUGCUUACGCUGCUGUUGGAGGAUGAGCAGAUACUCUCACGUGAGCUGCCCGAAUCGAUUGACUUUCAAAGUGCUAAAAUACAGUUUCAUGAAAACGAGCAUUUCAUGCUGAAGCUCACCGAACAUCAGCAGUAUGUGGGCGAAGCGCUCGAAGAGGGUUCGAAUUUGAUCAACGAAUCGCAAAAGACUUCCGGUCUUACCACCGAAGAUCAGAACGAAAUACGUCAGCAGAUGGUAUUGCUCAACGAACGGUGGGAGACUUUGCGUCUGCAAGCGCUCGAUGUGCAGUCGAAGAUAUUGGCACGCCUUGCCGAAUUCCAGUCGCAACAGAUCGAAAAGUUGCGUCUCUUCCUCACCAAUAUUGAAGAUCGCAUCUCGCAUAUGACCAAUAUUGGACCGAGUUUGCCGGCGGUGCAAGAACAAAUUGCAGAAGGGCGCCAGUUGAAAGACGAUCUUUGCAAUCAGCAAGCGCUGGUUGACAGCCUUAGUAAUAUGGUGGUGAUUGUAAAUGAUGAGUCGGGAAAUUUCAAUGACCUUGAAGAUAAGUUGUCAGCGCUAGGCGAACGCUGGUCGCAUGUGUCCAAGUGGAGCGACUUGCGGAUGGAGAAGUUGCAGCAAUACAAAUGUAUCUAUCGUUGGCUAGAUGCACGUGAGCAAGACUUGAAGACAAUGGAGAGCAAAGAUGUAACCGAUCUAGGUGGCAUUACGAAGCGUAUGAACGACCUCAACUAUUGCGCCAAAGAUUUGUUGGAACUGGAGCGUUACCUCAUCGAUUUAAGACAGAUGGUGGCGGCUUCACUGCAAGAGGGCGACGAUCAAGGUGAGCGUGUGCUCAUGCAAUUAGAGAGCUUCGAGGACCGACUGGAUGCGCUUAAGCAGAUUGUUGAAGUACAAACCGACCGCAUCGAGGCGAAAGGUUUCAAGUUCGGGCGUGAUCGUGCGUCAUACGAUGACAGUCGUGUGGUGCGACCGGAUGGCUGGGUGGAUUUCCAAAUGCUAAUCAAAUUUGGUGAAGAAAACGAAGAUGUGAAUGAAGGAGAGGCAGAAGAUAUAAAUGCCGUGCAGCCGUCACCAGUGACCGUCUAUCAAGUAGUGGAAUCACCCGAGGGCAAUAAGAAACGCAAGUUACGCAGCUCGGAUAAUUUUUAUCUGCUUACGGGCCGCAUAAUGGAAGCAUGCAACUUCCUAGAAGAUUGUGAGGACCGCCUGCAGAGUGUGCAUCGUCAAAGUUUGCGCAAUCAAAGCGAAAUGCUAAUUGCACUGGAGAAGGAGGUCGCCAAACGCACGGCGCUAAGCAGCGAGCUCAAGCAACUGUACGAAGUGUGUGAGCAGGAGGAAGUCAAACGAAAUUUAAUAAUGGAAGCCACGCAAAUCAAACAAAUUGAUGAGCGCUUUGAAACACUCAAAAAGCAUAUCAUUGAGCAGAAAUCGGAGACAGCACAAAUCAUAGCCAAGGAAAAGUUCUACAACAGCCUGACUGGCUUCAAGUUGGUGCUGGCCGACUCGCGUGAUUGGUAUAAGCAGCACUCGCAGUCGGCGAGCAAGGCCGAUUUAGAACAGCGUUUAAGUCACAUGGAAUCACUGUCUGGCGAAAUCGCCGAUGCUAAAGAGAUCACAGCAACUCUGAGCGAAGACUUGCAAGAAUGGCGUCAGGAUUUCAGUAUUUUCUACGAGAGUUGGAACGACAUGAAACGCGCAAUUAUUACACUGAUACAAGAGAAGGGUGGACUAGAUGAAGUCAAUGAGCGGUUGCUGCGCUUAGAAGAUUUCAUGUCAAAAAUGUCUGGUGUUAAAGUGAUAGUCACCGAACUGCCACCAAUGCAAGCGCAGCAGAAGCAACUGAAUGAGCUCGUCGAUGAGCUGGAACAAUUGAAGGCGGACUACGAAUAUGUCUGCGAAAGACGACCAGACGCAGUGAAUACCGAGUUUGCGGAAAACUGGGCUAAAAUACCGGAAAAGCUCAACGAGCGCGUGAUCAAGCAAACGACGGCAAUUGAGAACCUUAAUCACUUCAACGCGGAGUAUAAUGCUAUAUUGAAUGUGUUGCAUAAGUUGGAGUCUAAGUUCAAGCCGGACGACAUCGAAAGCCCAGAGCAGCUCGCACAACCCGCGGUGGGAGACAGUAAUCAACUGAAUAUGGAACUUCGUAAGAUUGAGAUUGAUGUGAUAAGCGCUCGCAAUUUCAGCGAGAUACUCAUAAAGGAUGCGGAGCCAACGCAUCGCGAACAUUUGCUAUUGCAAAUUAAGGAGCUUAACGAGUUCUUUACGAAAGUGCAAGAUUUACAUAAGGGGCAGGCGUUGAAACGCACCCAAGUGCUGGACAAAGCAGAAGAAGUACUCGAACGUUUGGCAAAGACAGAAGUUUGGCUGAAUGAGCUCGAACAAAAUACGCCGAAGACGAAAAUCUCGGAAAUCAACAACUCCAAUGAGCUGUUUCAAAUUAAGAGCAAAUUUCAGACACUCAAAGAGGCCUGCGAACGCGAGUCUGUGGGCUUUCGCGAGUUGAACGACUUAGGUGGCGAGCUGCUGCUGCAAAUGGAUGAACUAAAGACCACAGGUGAGGAAGUGGACAGCAAGUACACACAGUUGCCGAAGAAAUUUACACAUCUGAGCGCGCGUUGGACUGAGGUAACAGCACUGGUGUAUGCAAAAACCGCUUUACUGGAGCAUAUAUCUACACAAUUGGGCGAGUUCAAAAAAUUCAUGGUUUCCGAGUCUGGUUAUUUGGAUCGGUUGGAGAAUAAGAUAGGCAGUACGCCAGAGAAUGCGGACGCAGAGGAGAUCAUUGAGGAGCUUGAUGAUCUCGAAAACGUGCUGCGCGCACACUCUGACGAAUGGUUGGAGAAAAUUCAAGAAAUUGGCAAUGAGCUAAUUGAACAUGAGUUUAUGGCGAGUUCGAUACGUGCCGAAAUCGAAGGUAUUGUGGAGCGUUGGACACAGCUGCAAUUACGCGCCAAGCAACGCACCGAAAUACUGGAGAAAGAGGUGAGCGAGGCCGAGCAGUCCGAGAAGUGUAUUGUACAGUUUGAGGCUUGGCUAACGCGCGUCGACGAGAUACUGACCGAACAUCUGGAGAACGAUGUUACCAUUGAGGAUCUGCCGGAUGAUUUUCAGCGUUUGGUUAAAGAGUUCGAGACGAAAAAGCAUUGUUUCAAGGAGAUCGAGGACCUCAUAGCGGAGCACACACGCAAUGGCAAGAUUGAAGCCGCCAAUCGACUGCAAGAGAAGCUUAAUCUAACCGAACUGCGCUUUAAGUCUUGCCAGCUAAAGUUAAACAAGUGCACAGCACCGCAACCCGCGUACGAAUCCCGUUUAAAUCGCGCUGUGGCGGAGCUGCGUGCAGUCGAACAUUCCACGCUGGUGUUGGAUGUAGCGUCGGCAGGGCCCAGCACCGUUCAGGCGCAGUACCAGAAAUGUGUGCAAAUCUACCGCACGCUCUCCGAAAUCAAGCCAGAGAUCGAGAGCACUAUCAAGACCGGACGCAAGGUGUGCGAGGACAAAUUCACACGUUCGCCGAAACAGUUGAGUCAACGCAUCGACGCGUUAAAGCAUCUCUACAACGCACUCGGUGAGAAUGUCACACAAUCGAAAGCUUUCCUCGAAACCUUGCUGAAGUUGGCGCACGAACUGGAUGAAUGUUUCGAACAUGCUGAUCAGCUGAUACGACGUUUCGAAUCACCGCAAGAGAUGCAAGAUCGCAAUUCGGGUUUCCUGGAAUUCGAGGAUCUGCUGCAGCGCUGUGAAGAACUGUAUGAAGAGUACAACAAGUCAUGCGAUCAAACUUGUAUGGAGGACACACGUCAGAAGAUCGACGAGCUAAAGACGAUCUACAUGAAGCUGACCAGCGCAGAUGUGAUUAAACGCUUGACCGAGAUGAAGUCGACACUGCAGAACUUGGACAAUAUAUCGCCGGAGACAUUAAAAGCCAUGGAGCACGAGUUGAAGCAAAUAAACACGCCCUCGAAUCCGGAUAUAGAAAAGUUGCAACAACAAGUAAUCGCAAUUGUUGUGGAUGCUUUAAAAACGCGUUUUAAUGUAAAUUCCGAGCUGGCAGCACUCUUACCAAUACCACCAUCAACUGCACAAAACAAAAGUGCACUCGAAAAUACAGACUCCGAUGUUGAAAUUGUUGUAUUGAGCAAUACGGUACGUCAGCGUCGCGCACGUACACCUGGCAUAAAUGACUCACAAAACGCUGGCGAUUCACCGACCAAACAUGAGCGGUCACAACCAAUGCAGACGGCAGUUGAAUUGCCGCCAGCAAAGGAUGUCUCCGCAGAGCAGGCGAUGGUUACACAAGUCUUACCCGAUGUCUUGCCGCCACAAACAUUCCGUUUAGCAGAAUCCAGCACGCUGUUCUCACACAUCUCGACAGCCACACCAAUCGAAACGUCAGACAACGCGCCCGCUAAGCCACCAAAACGUAAAAGCCGUAAGGGUGAACAACACGCCAAAGUCGUGGAGGUACGCGAACGAAAUUUGCCACACGACAAAAUGUCAGUACAGAAUAUUGAAUUCGAGCCACAGGUCGGUGAGAUCGUAGACACCGUAAAUAUUUUAGAGAGUGUAGAGCCUUUUGUACCCGAAUAUGUAGAGACGGUACAAAUUGUCGAUCUCUCUGAAGAUUCCGAUUCUUCGAUGCGUGUUGACGCGGACGGCAAAGAAAUACAACGCAGCAAAAGCAAACGUUCGCUUUGUGAGUCACCGAAGCCACCACUCUCUCCGCUAUUGGAUGACGUAGAAUUGCGCGGUGCGGUGCCACUCAACACAAGCACACCGUUCCUGCGUGUGGAGAAGCAACGCAUCUCGUUCGAUGAGAAGCGCAAACGCAUUGAGAAAGAGCGCGAUAUAUUACGCGACUCGGAAGAGGAUGAAGACGAACGGCCGGCUAAAGAGCACGAGUCGUCUAAUAAUUCUCCAACGAAACAACCGAAGCGUUGGCGUCAGCUUACGCUCGCUUUGGACGAAGAGCAAUCGCCCAAGAAGGCGAAGGCUCAGGAUGUAUCAGAGGGCGCGCUGGAUUCACCUGUGCGCAACAGUUUUUAUAGUGCUGACAAAGAGGCAGGUUACGAUUUGGAACCUUUGGUUUUCUCCGAUGAUGAGGAUAUACCGAGAUUCUCGCUAGAAAUGACACCAACAUUUGAUUCCGAUAGUGAUACGAGUCGCAUUGAGACACCCGGUGCUAAGAAACCCAAUUUCUUUGAAAGCAAAAUUCUGCCCACCUCUCCGUCUUUGGACGAUUCAAAUAUCACUUUGAAGAGCCCUUACUCCGAGAGCCCGCUCAGUUUUCGAGACAACGCGCCCCUGGAUCAACGUGUGCAAACUUUCGACAAAAUGGCCAAGUAUAUGAUACGCAAAAUGGAGGCGACCAAGGACAAGAUCGAAAAGUGUAACGAGGGAGAGGUCGCUAUUGAGGACUUGAAACUUUUAAUUGCGCCCGAUGCCGCCACUUUGAUCUCACAAGGUGAUUCCUUGGUCCUGGAAACUCACGGAAAACAGGGUAAUCUUUCGCGCUUAGUUAUGAAAACGCAAAUCAUUCUACGUGAAAAGUUCCGUGAAGUGCAGCAAGCCAAGUCCAAGGUGCCCGGUGUGCCACAACCGAUCGACGGCAGCAAUACGCCCAGUCCGCGUUCCACACUCGAAAAGCUGAACAUCGAUUUGGAGGAACUCGUCACAAAAGGUCUCAAGCGGAUAAAUGAUCUGAUUGAAAAGCCAUACGAUAAAGCAUCCAUUGAGGCGCUACAGCGCCGCCUAGAGGAGAUUAGCGAUCGUCGCGACGACUUGAAAUUGAUCGUGAACAAAAUUGGCAAAAGUGAAGAGCGCCCUAAGGUGACUGCUACAAUGAUGGCUGAUAUAGAAAAGUCCAAGAACAACCUACAAUUACACGCCGAUGCCGUGGAGCUUUCGCUGACCGAAUUGAAACAGAUCAAUAAAUUGUCAGCACGCAACGGCGAUGAUAAAGAUUAUAACGACGAGGCGAGUGGCACCGGAGUAUUGGCUGGAAGUUUCGAUAAAUCCGUAUUGCAAAUAUCGGAUUGGCUGACGUGGGAGCAAAACAUGAUAAAAAUACAAAGUGUUGCCGUAGACGAUGUGGACGCGGUGCGGUUGGCCAUCGAGAAGCAGGAGAAAGUUUUACGCGAGUUGAAAAUGAAAAAGCCGCAACUCAAUGAAUUGGUUCACACGGCUGAAGUGCUGAAGGGCGACGUUAAGCGGCAACAGUUGCAGGAAAAAGUUACACGCUUACGCGAACACUGGGAUGACACGUCGCAGUGUGUUAUGCAGCGCGCCGCCCAACUGAAGAACAUGCUCGGCGAUUCACAGCGCUAUGAAACCAAGCGCUUGGAGCUGGAAAAGUGGCUGGCACGCAUGGAGGCACGCGCCGAACGUAUGGGCAGUGUCGCGACCACCGCCGAUGUUUUGGAAGCGCAACAAAAGGAGCAAAAGUCCUUCCACGCCGAGUUGCAUCAGAAUAAGCAACAAUUUGAGCUCUUCAACGCUUUGACGCAAAAAUUGAUUGCUGUUUAUCCAUCAGAUGACACUACGCGCAUCAAAAAGAUGACGGAGGCUAUUAAUCAAAGAUAUUCUAACCUAAACAAUGGCGUCAUCAAUCGUGGCAAGCAAUUACACGCCGCUGUGCACAGUCUUCAGUCGUUCGAUCGCGCCAUGGAUCAAUUCCUCGCCUUUCUCUCCGAGUCCGAAUCACUUUGCGAGAGCGCCGAAGCUGAAAUCGAUCGCAAUCCGCUCAUGUUUAAGGAUUUACAAUCGGAAAUUGAAACUCAUCGUGUCGUUUAUGAUCGUCUCGAUGGCACCGGCCGCAAACUGCUGGGUUCACUCACCUCGCAAGAAGAUGCCGUUAUGCUGCAGCGUCGGCUGGAUGAAAUGAAUCAGCGUUGGAAUAAUCUGAAGUCGAAGAGCAUCGCCAUCAGAAACCGUUUGGAGUCGAAUUCGGAGCAUUGGAAUGCGUUGCUGUUGUCGCUGCGCGAACUCACCGAAUGGGUUAUACGCAAGGAUACCGAGCAGUCGUCGCUGAGCGUUGGUCCGUUGAUGGGCGACGCAGCGAGUCUACAAAAACAAUUGGACGAUCAUAAGGCUUUCAGACGUCAACUGGAGGACAAACGUCCCAUUGUCGAAAGCAAUUUAUUGAGUGGACGACAAUAUAUUUCGAGUGAGCCACCUGUGUCGGACAACAGCGAUACGGAAGCAGCACACGACAGCGAUUCGCGUUAUUUGAGCGCCGAGGAGCAGAGCCGCGAGCUGACGCGCAGCAUACGCCGUGAGGUUGGCAAACUUUCGGAGCAAUGGAACAACCUAAUCGAUCGCUCUGACAACUGGAAGCAUCGCCUGGACGAGUACAUGACGAAAAUGCGUCAAUUCCAAAAGACGCUCGAGGAUUUGAGUUCGCGCGUCGCCUCGGCCGAAGCCACGAAAGUAUCAUGGUUGCCACCCGUCUCCGCACAGGAGGCCACCGAGCAAAUGCAACAUUUGCAACGUUUGCGCGACAAAAUGACCACCGCCGGUGCGCUGUUGGACGAUUGCAACGAGCAGCAGGCAUUCUUCACCGCCAAUCAAGUGUUGGUGCCCGCCAUGUGCCUAUCACGGCUGGAAGAUUUGAACACAAGAAUGAAACUUCUACAAAUUGCAAUGGAUGAACGGCAAAAGAUACUUUGCAACGCUGGUGCUAAUCAAGCUUUGGAGAAUGGCGAAGAUGGACGUACAACAUCGAAUAGUGGCACAAUUGGGCCAUUACCUAACCUAGGUCAAAGCGUAAAGCCACCCUGGGAACGAGCAACGACAGCAGCCAAUGUGCCUUACUACAUUGAUCACGAGCGCGAAACCACUCACUGGGAUCAUCCAGAAAUGAUUGAAUUGAUGAAAAGUUUGGCUGAUCUUAAUGAAAUCCGUUUCUCCGCCUAUCGCACAGCAAUGAAGUUACGUGCCGUGCAAAAGCGUUUGGCGCUGGAUCGCAUACCCAUGUCCACUGCCAUCGAAUCGUUCGAUCGCCAUGCGUUGCGCGCACAAAACGACAAGCUCAUCGACAUACCCGACAUGACGACCGUCUUGCAUUCGCUCUAUGUGACAAUCGAUAAAAUUGACUUGACUUUAAUGUUGGAUUUGGCCAUAAACUGGAUACUAAAUGUUUACGACUCGCAGCGCACCGGACAGAUACGUGUGCUGAGCUUUAAGGUUGGCUUGAUUUUGCUCUGCAAGGGUCAUCUCGAGGAGAAAUAUCGCUACUUAUUCCGUUUGAUUGCCGACCCGGAGCGCAAAGUCGACCAAAGAAAAUUGGGCUUGCUGCUGCAUGACUGCAUACAGGUUCCACGCCAGCUGGGCGAAGUGGCCGCUUUCGGCGGCUCCAACAUCGAGCCUUCGGUGCGCUCAUGCCUCGAACGCGCUGGCAUCUCGCAGGAAGCCAUUGACGCCAAUCAGGAAAUUGCCAUUGAACAAUCACACUUCCUCGGCUGGUUGCAACACGAGCCGCAGAGUUUAGUAUGGAUGCCGGUGUUACAUCGUCUGGCGGCUGCCGAAACGGCCAAACAUCAGGCAAAAUGUAACAUUUGUAAGGAGUAUCCGAUAAUUGGUUUCCGUUAUCGCUGCCUCAAGUGCUUCAAUUUCGAUAUGUGCCAAAAGUGUUUCUUCUUCGGACGCAAUGCCAAAAAUCACAAAUUGAGUCAUCCAAUGCACGAGUAUUGCACAACGACCACUUCAACAGAAGACGUUCGCGAUUUCACACGCGCUUUGAAGAACAAAUUCAAGAGUCGCAAAUACUUCAAAAAGCAUCCACGUGUCGGCUAUUUGCCGGUACAAAGCGUGCUCGAGGGUGAUGCAUUAGAGAGUCCCGCACCGAGCCCACAACACACCACACACACGCUACAAAACGAUAUGCACUCACGGCUCGAAAUGUACGCUUCCCGUUUGGCGCAAGUUGAAUAUUGUACCGGUUCAAAUUCAACGCCCGACAGCGACGACGAACAUCAACUGAUCGCCCAAUACUGUCAGGCAUUGCCGACAAAUAACGGUAGCGGCCCCAAAUCGCCAGUUCAAGUAAUGGCAGCCAUGGAUGCAGAGCAACGUGAAGAGCUGGAAGCGAUUAUACGCGACCUGGAAGAGGAGAAUGCCAAUUUACAAGCGGAAUAUCAGCAGUUGUGCAGCAAACAGAACAGCACCACACCCGACGCGGAUGGUGGCAUGCAGCACUCAACGUCCGCCAUGGGUGGACUGGCUGCUGGAGCUAAUGCCGGAGGUCAAGGUGAACAUGGACAGGAUAUGAUUGCCGAGGCGAAACUGCUACGCCAACAUAAGGGUCGUCUUGAGGCGCGCAUGCAAAUACUGGAAGAUCACAAUCGCCAACUGGAAGCACAAUUGCAACGACUGCGCCAAUUGUUAGACGAGCCGAAUAGUGGCGCGGUGAGUGCCGCCGGCUCUGCGUUGAAUUCCAAGCCGAACACGUUGCAAACACGCUCCGUGACCGCAUCUCAGCUGAAUACCGACUCGCCGGCGAAAAUGAAUCAACAGAAUGGCCAUUAUGAGCAAAACACAACCGCUGAAAUAGGACGCGCCGUGGAAGAGCUGGUUACAGUCAUAACCGAGGAGAUGAUCGAACAAACACAGAGUCAAGAAAACGAUCGCGACGCCUUGGACGAUGAGGAUGAGGACAGUGAAAGUGUGGCCACAGCGAUAACUGCUAAAACAAUCAUAAAACCAUUAACGGCAACAACGAAAACCAAAACCAACGUAACAACCACCAAUAGCACAACUGCAACGAUACUAAACUAGAGCUAGAGCUAGAGCUAACGGAAAAAUAAAAUGUAAAGCGAUAAAAAGAGGAACUCUAAAUGAUGUAUGAUUAAACGUUAACAUGAAAAAAAAUUUGGUAGUGAGUGAGGAAAUUGUGUGAAGCGUAAAGGAGAUGAAGGCAAACGUGAAAACUGAAGCAGCACAAAUUGGAAGAGUCAGUCAAAAAAUGCUGAAAACAAUUUAAGAACGGAGGAGAGCUACUCACGGUAGCUGGGUGAAACGGAGACCCCGCUCUGUUCAUAUCUAAAUAUACACCUGCGUUAUAUUGAUAUAUCAUUGCAAUGAAGCUAACUUCUUGCUUAGUGUAAACAAAAAAAAAUUUUAAAAACGCAAUUGUUUAAAUAAAUAUAAUUAAAUUUAGCUACAAAUACAUAUAUAUACUUAAUAUGAUAUACAUACAUAUGAAUAUAGCGAAAAAACGGAGAAUCAGUUAUCAAAUGCAUACAUACAAAUAAAAAGCUAUAAAUUCGAAAAAAUUAGCGAAAAAAAGAAAAAUUGCGGCAAAUUUUAAUUGCGUUUAAGUUAGCUCGUUAAUUAACACAAUCGAAUUACGCUGCUGAUUAAUUAAUAACAAUGAUUGAUUGAUUAAUUUGCAAUGAAAGCUAACAAAAAGCUCCACACAAAUUCGGCGAUUGUUUGCUGUCGAACUUGUUGCGGAGAAAAAGCGCUGGAGCAGAGCGUAAAGCGAAGCAUGUAAAAGAAAAUUAAAGGAAAAUGAAACAAAUUUAAAGGGAAAUUAAGCAAAUUGAAAGAAAAAAUUGGCUCCAUCAAUAAGCAACAACAAUCUGUGCAAAUUUUCCAAGAAAGCUUUCACAAAUAUUGUAAUUUCCAUGAAAUAGAAAUUAUGUAUAUUUUAAUGUUACUUUUUUUAUUUAAAACGAAAUGUUGUAGUUGUAAAAUAAUUUCCAUUUAAUU